AAUUAAUCAAUGGCUACGUUCGGCAGAAAAAUUAGUUUUGCACACAACUGUUGUAAGAUUUUUUUUUUACCGUUUUACCAUUUUUAUCGUUAGUUCCUCACUGGAUUUUAAAUGUAUAAACUAAUGAUGUUAAAAAAUUUUACAACAGUUACAAAGCUGCUUUUUCUGUUGAAUAUUGUAAUUAUCAGCCCAGUAAGCAAAAAAUCAUCACUACGAUCUUUUUACAAUGAAUAUUUAAUAAUAUAUAACGUUUUUAAAUUUGUUGAAUUUAAUGUUGUGUACAACGUUUUUAUGAAUGAACUUAGACAUUGAUUUUGAGGGUUCAAUAAUGUUAAUAUUACAAAUAUUGCAAUUCAUAUCGUGUUUGUGUUCAAUUCAUGUUUUUAAAAUAUUUAAAAAAUAAUUUUAAAACCAUACUAUUAUACAAUAUUUGUAAAUAUUUACUAAAUAUGCAAAAAUGAUGAAAAAAAUAUACGUAAUAUCAUUUUAAAAAGUAGAUUUAAUAUUUCUUGUUUACUGGGAGUGUACUCUGAUACUCUGUUACUGAAAGAAAAAAAAACGGUGAUUUAUUCUCUUAACAAUAUGCUUUAACAAUGCGUAUCGUUUUUUCUUCUGCUUCUUGUAACAGAAGAGCUAUUUGAAGAAAAAUUCCGUAUAUAAUCUGUCAUACACAAUGCUACGUUUAAUACUGCAGCGAAAAAUUAUGACAAAGGAAUUCCUAGUUAUUAAAAUGUUAAGAGGUACUCCACAGAUUGUCGAGAUUGUAUCUCGGCGUGUUAUAACACUUGGACUUCGAUGUUUACUAUCGUAAAGUCCUGCCGGUCUCCGUUCACGUUUUCUGACGCAACAAUCUCAUACUGUUCCGUCGAUUCGCGUGGCGUGAUUUGCACACGUUCGGCAAUGCCCGUUAACAAAACGAUCAUUAACAGUAAUCAUGUAUGCGUAUGUGAGAGAUGGAUGGCGACAAGAGGGGGCGGAACGGGAGAGGCGGAGGGGUCGGGCUGGAAAGUUACUCACUGACCCUGAGUAACCCGAGUAUGGAGGAAAAAUAAGAGCAUUGGGACAACGUGAAAACGACGACGAAAACAAUAUCUACGCGAAAUAUCGCUUUUCGCCGCGUCUCGCGGCGAGAUAUCUCGUAAUCGGUGGCAGCGAAUAUCCAGAAGAUGGCCGCUUAAGUAUCUCGUAAACAUGUGUUCCGUAAAAAUGUACCCGUCUGAGAUAAACACCCUCGCCUCUGCGAAAUCAAGUGGAAUCAACACCGGCGCUGAUUUGUGGUGUAAAAGGGCUACGACCUGCGAUCAUAUUUUGGUGGAGGAACUGUCGCCGUCGUGGUGUAAGGAUAGCGACGUCGUCGUCGUUUACGAGGACUGUUCUAUUUCACAACAUAUAAGACUAGGAAGAAGUAGAGGCAAAAUAGCAAUUUGAGUCCGAACACGCCAAGGAUUCCUUUGCCCUUUGGAUCUGCACAUUUAGGCCUCUCUAGUAUCACGUGUUCAUCAACUCUCACCUCCCGUGGAAAAUCUCCAAGAUGCAUUCUGCACAACAAACAAUAAUGUCUUACAUCGCGACGAAAAAGAGAUCUAUAAGCCACGUUUUACGUGGAGAAAACAAUGUACCGUUUACGAACGAUCAGAGCACAUCUCUCGUUCGAACAUUGAAUAAUAUCCUAGGUGGGAAGUACCUGCCAAAUAUGGGGCUAACGAAUUCUCUGUCUGUUACGGUUGUAAAUAACGAAAUACUGAAUUCUGAUAGACUUUUGGAAAAUUCGUCGACAAAAAUCAAAGAUAUGUCGCAUAUUUUACGAACGAAAACGCUUCUGAUUGAAUCUAAUUUGAAGCAGAGAGAUUCCACAGAUAUGUACAAAGAUUGUAUCGAAUCCUUGAUGAAUCCUUCCAACGAUUCUUUGUUAGGACAUGAAGUGAACCCCGUAAGUUAUCUACACGAUUGGGAUACUGUCGACGAUUUUAACUUGAUUAGCAGAAACGAUGCGAAUUUUAUGAAGAAUUUUUACGAUACAUAUAAAGAGAAUAAUAGUACAAUGGAAUCUCACUCUGUGCUGCGCGUUAACGAGACAGAAACGGAAGAUAAGAUUGACGCCACUGGUCAUCCUUCGGAUGUCGAUCCGCAGAAGUACGAAAUUAACGUGCACAAAGACACGGACGACACGGAGUCCUUCCACAUGGUGUCUCACUGGGAAGUGCCAACCGUACCCGCGGAUUUCGAUAUGAAGAGCACAGUGUCGCAUGUCUCCAACGUUUUCCGAAAUGCUUUGAACUACUUGAGUUUUUACUUGACAGCAGGAAUGGCCGCGAAGCGCUCGACGAAGCACCGGCGGAAGGCCAACGCCAUCGCGAUAGGCCGUGGUCGCGGUAGAGCAAGGUGUCAGCUGAGGCGUUCCGGGGUGAGCCAAACCGUGUGCCGGAAGGAAUGCAUCAAGAACGACGAUUGCGAGCAGAGUAAUCUUGUCGCGGCGGCGCCGAACGAUUGUCCGUUAGACAACAAACUCGAUAAUUUGGACAACGUGAAUAUUCCAGUUCCCACUCAAGUCGCAAAACAGAUUGAUGGCCCGAAUGUCUUGAUGUCCAGCUUACCCAAAGGAACAGCUAGGAAGGGAAAACCGAAGGCGUGCGCGAAGAAGAAAACUAAAGCGAAAUACAUGACCAAAGUGCGUUACAUAGCUAAUUCUUCGAUGAGUAAUUACAUUUAUUGCGAGGAUAGCAACAGCGAGACAUCUGAUGCACACGAGGAAGAUUCGUUUCGAUCGCGGACAUUGUCGGAGAACUCGUCUGAUUUCGAGGACAGUUGGAUCGUUUUUGAGGAUGACGAAGAAUUGCACGAGAGAUGCGAGGAACGCGAAGCGACUGAACACCCUAUCGACAGAGCACACAAUGUUCCUGAUUCUUCGAUGAGGAAGAACGAUAGUCCUUGCGAGGAUUCCAACAGCAAAACUCGCGAUGCCGUGAAAACUCCGAUUCGAUUUCGAGCGUCGUCAGAGAGUUCCGAAGAUUACAACAAUUGCAAUUCCGCAGCUCUAGACGAGCAGAAAGCGACCAAGUACUCGCGAAUGCAUUACGGCUAUUUCACGAAGAUCAUCGACAAAUGCCAACCGUGUAAGGUUUACCAAAUGCAAAAGAAUUUGCCCCGACACCACCGAUUACCGUCAGACAGUUCUGAAAAUUCUGAUGAUUUCAAUGGUUUCAAAAUAUCUGAUUGUAAUAAUUCCGAGAAUUCUGAUGAAUCUAAUAAUUCCGAAAAUUUGGAUAAUCUCAAUAAUUCCUUUGCUACUGAAGACGACGUUGACGGCAGUGGGAUAAGCUUUCAUGACGGAGACAGCCAGUUCGAUGACAUGAUCAUCUUUGCUGAUGAGGACAGCGAGGAAUUACUGGCGCAAACAAAGAAGGUGAGCUUCGACCCGACUCCAGUAGUACAUGUUAUGGUAACAUGGAAUUACGCAUACCGAGCAGCCCGAAAAGGCCCGUGGGAAGAAAUUGCACGGGACAACGAGAGAUUUAGGGGGCGCAUAAGAUCCAUCGCGAUUGUCCUCGAGCCGAUUUUAAGAAGUAAACACCGCUCUCAAAUUUGGAAAGAACGAUUCGCGCUUCCGGAAUAACUCAAUUUAUGGUUAAUAUCUUUUUAAAUAUCGAAAAUAACGGAAUUGAUAUAAAGAAAAAUUUCUCUUAGCGUGUAGUUAAAAUACAUGUGAUAUUUAAAUAUAACUUAAUUGUCAGCAUUUUUAUUCAUCAAAAUAGUUGCUGUGUCGGCAACAUUUUU